AUGGAUAGUAGAUGCGUAAUAGUUCAAAGUAGUAGUUAUGAUAGUAGUGCCGGUAGCAGUAAUAGUAGCUCCUCUAACCAAGAGUCUGGUGAUAUAUUUUGCAGAAAUGAAGGAAAUGGAUUAACAGUUGGAAGCUUUACAUCGGUUAAUUGUACAGUCUAUAGUGCUAGCAAGUGUGUUGAUAAUAACAACCAUAUAGAGUGUACUCGUAAUACCAAUGGAAUUGUAACUUGUGUAACACCCAAAUCCAAUAGCUCAAUUUCUUGUUAUGGUACAUCCAUAGAAUGUACUUCCUCAAAUGUUAAAUGCAGUAUCGAUUCAAAAGGAAAAAUGGAGGUAAACGAUGUACCAACAACAAAAACCACUGUUCAUUUCAAAGAUGGUAAAGAAAUUGAUGAAAAUAGUAGUAGUGAAGUGAUCAAUAAUGUUAGUUCAACAUCACCAUCAUUUUUAAUAUUUUUAUCAAUUAUAUUAUUACAAAUUCUAAAAAUAUAA